UGUUGCGCGAUUUCCGAGGAGCUUCUGCAUCCAGCCCGCUCAGUGUCACAGGGCGGUAAGAAGCUCCACAUUGCGAACUGGAGUGUGUUUACGUGCUGUUUUCUUCGGGUUUCGUUUGUUUGUUUGCAUUUGCGUUGUUGCUUGUCGGGUUUUCUUACGUUUGUUGCUUAGUGUGUUGUGCAUGCAAGCGUAGAGUGUGUUUCCAUCAUCCCACCAUACAUAGCCGUGCGGUCGGCAAGGAUUGCCAGUCAAGCAGUUUGUUGGAGACAUAAGUCGUGCAGAAUUCCCAAUACCCGCUGAACCGAUUAGUCACCAAACAGCUCCACUGACUCUGGUGUUUAACAUCGGGUGUGUGACAUCAGCGUCUGAAGCGGUGCAAAAGUCGGAAGUUGUCGCCGACAUUUGUGGAAGAUUGAAAGCCAUCACCAUUGCGAGGAACUGCGACCGAUUUCCCUGGAAUACAAGCAGCGGUCCAGAAGGGCUCCAAAAGUAAAACGCCGCAUGAUGGUACUCUGUGACAGUGAUUUAGAUUCCGCGGGCAUCUUGCAGAAGUGGAGCAAGCUACGACGCCGCUGUGCAUCGUUCAAAUCAGUCUCCGGUCCGGCAUCGCUCGAUUCGGACACCAACUUCAUCUUGGCCGAGCAUCCAGGUCACUAUCAGAUCAUCAGUACGGCGACUGGUUCGCCGGUUCCGCCCCGUGCCGCACUCGUACCGGGCCAUAACCUAGCCAGUCAGUCGAAGCUUCCGCCAGCGGCCCAGUCGCACCAUCACCAUCAUCCGCUGUACCACGGGCACCAUCAUCACCACGGGCAUCAUCCGCACCGUCUGCCACACCGGGCCCAUCCUCACCAGCAGCAGCAGCAGCAGCAUCAUCAUCACCACCAUCAUCACCAUCACCAGCAUCAUCAGAACCAUCUGCAUCAGCAGCAGCACCAGCUCCAUCAUCAUCCGCUCCUAGACUACCCACUGCCCGGCACUCACCUACUGGAUGCGCCACCGCUCGCGUCCGGAUACGAUCCAAAAAACUGGGAGCUGCGUCACUCGAGCUCUUCGUCCGCGUCCGCAUCGUCCUCCUCUACCAUCGGUGCACCGCCAGCCAUACCGGCGACAGCGGCGGCGGGCCUCGGACCCUUUCCCGGUGACGAGUACUGGCAGCACUUUGCACACGAACCGAGCGAUGUCAAGCUGUGGCGUCUAGGUGCGCAUCAGACGUACGCCCAUCGAAUACACGUGAAUCCGCCCCAGCGGCGCAGCGCUCACAGCAUCGACUGGGAGUACAACGUGCAGCGUUACGAGAACAUGUGCGACAAUAUGGCACCACCGCAGCGGAUCUUCCGUACCGAGAAGUUGCAGUACUACGACGAGCUGUCGGAUGCGAAACGAACCUCCGCGCCAGAGCCCGGACUCGGCGCAGGUGCUGAGGGCAACGGUGGCAUCAAGGUGGCCAAGGAGAUCAAGCUGCCUAGUCUGAAGACGUUCAAGUCGGCGUCGAUGCGUCUGCCUGGUCAGAAAUCAUCCAUACACGAGGUGCAGCAACUGCUGCGCAGUAAGUUUAACCGGAUACACGCAGGGCUACGCAAAAGAAGAGCAUUAUCCGUGCAGGAGGUGUUCCAAGUUCCAGGCUCCGCUCCUGGAGCCGGGGUUCAAGCGACACCAACGAAACCCACAUUCUAUGUGCCGUCGCCGUUGGUUAGUGAAAGAACUCCACAUCGAGGUGUGACUCCGCGCUACAAUGAAGAGGAGGAGGGUGAUGGUACUAGAACUCCAUUCCUAGACGAGGAAGACCGUACUGAGCGUCAAGAUGACGAACUCUCUGGACACCAGGAUGAAGAUGAAGGGCCCGUCAGUUUACCGUACAUCAGCGAAACGAGGCUGCAGGCCGAUACGGCUGCAGUGAAAAAGGUUACCCUAAGAACGACAGAUCACAGCCCCAGCCCGCGCAAGGAACGCACCAAGACCUGGUACCGGAGUAUCGACUUCAAUGCGGCGCUACAGAAACUCGACGCUCAGCGCCACUCGCUCGACACUUCCACCAAAUGUACACCAAAGAAACAAUCCGAACCAGAACCGGCAGCUAAAGAGCGAGCGAAACAGGACAGCAAUCGGACCACCGGUGAAGAGUCCGCUACCAAACCGAACUUUUCCAUCGGCGGGCGUGUUAGUUUGCGGGAACGGGUGGAAAACAUGAACCUGAGCCGGUUGAGACCCUCGAAGAUGUCCUCUGCCAGCGGCAACGGGAGUCCGGUACCUCCGGUGGCGACCGCCAAGAAGAUAUCCGACGCGCGCAAGAUACGGCCCCGUAGCCACUCGCCGUUGAAAAACAUCAAGAUUAACCUGUCACCGGUAAAGAAAGCAACCACCGGUACACCAGCGCUGGGCGGCGACAAAUCUACCAAGCGGGAAUCGAUCGGUCUGUUCGGUCGGUUAAACCGGAUGAUGCAUCAGCACGGGCUAGGUGGGCUUGCGUCGGGCGAUAAACCGGCGGACGCUGGCGUUCGCAAACAGAACGGUAAAGCGGGAUCGCUGGCGGCAACCGGUAGUGCAGCCAAAACUGGACUGGAGGAUGGGUCGGUGACUUCCGGUACACCGACCGCGACACGCACCGGAACCGAUAAGGCAAUCGUUAGCGGGGGCAAUCUUGGCGUCAGCUUCGGUGGGAAUGUUAGUAAACAGUCGACGAUACAGAAGCUGACGCAGCUGAGCAGUUGCAAUCGGCGGGAACAGCAGCAAGUGCAACAGCCGAAGACGGAAACGACGCAAGAACGUGACCGGAAAUCCAAACAGAUUUCCGAGUCCACUGUCGGUAACGGCUUGGCCAAACCGAACGCUGGCAUUACAUUCGCGGACGGCAGCAAGCUUGGAUCGGACCAUCUGCGCCAUCUGAAUCGCCGCACUGCCGAAGAUGAUGAGAACGAGGAGGAGGACGAUGAGGAUAGCAUUGAGGAAAGUAAGUUUUGCACCCUUCCACGCCACGGUCCGAAUGCAUUUACCAUCCGACAGGCUCGCUUUUCGAAAGGCAACGGAGCAAAAGCGCUCGGAUUUUCCAUUGUCGGCGGUAAGGAUUCGCCCAAGGGCUCGAUGGGCAUCUACGUGAAGACGAUCUAUCCGAACGGGCAGGCGGCAGAGAAGGGUACGCUACAGGCCGGUGACGAGAUCCUGUCGGUGAACGGGAAAGCAUUCCAGGGUCUCUCGCACCAGGAGGCCAUCAACGUGUUCAAGGCGAUCAAGACGGGCGAGGUGGUGAUACUGAUCGGUCGGCGCAACAAUCGCCGGAAGCUGGAAACACCGUCGCCGACCGAUUCCGGUACCGGUACAGCACCACCGUCCACGACCGGUUCGCCCACCAACACCAUCACGGGCAGUGACGAUUGAGCUGGCGGGAAAGAAACAUGAGAAUGCACGUAGCAUGUACAGAGAGUGGCACUAUCUACUAGCUAUUACAUGUACUAAAUGAUGACAUAUAGCGAGCGGUUUCAGGCGGUUGACAAGAAGAAAAUUGGCAGCCUGAUGGCAACAACUUGAAGCAAAAUGCGCGCAAUAUAAUGAAAUAUUUAAUAUUUUCUUUUUUACCAAAUACCAAAGGCUACAAUAUCAAAAAAACAGCACACCUGCUUAGAAGAGAAUGUAAAGGUGUAAAGAUUUAAAUGGAGUCGUGGGCACCGCGGAGAACAAUCAACGGUCCGAGAGCAGGAACGCCGCGACCACAAUACCAGAACAUGUAUUCAUCAACAAAACCAAAUCGUUGUAGCAAGGGGAGCAAGCAAACUGACAACAGUCAUUCUAAGGAUAUCGUUUCUAAUCAUUUAUCACGUUGUUUUACGAAUGUAUUUGAAUGGAAAAAUAUAUCUAUUUACAUGUAAAAUUAACGCGCCUGAUUUGUGCUUGUUGU